AUGAAUAGCUCUCAAGCGCCCCAGCAUGGUACUGUGGCUGAUCGAAUUCGAGCCUUUCAAGAUGUGCAAAUCCUCGAGCCCCGAGCUCCCACAUUGAACCUCCCUCCUCGAAUUCUUACACAUGCAAAAGACUCGGGAAUCUACGAGGCUCAGCGUCGCGGGGAGAGUUUGAGCUUUGCUUCACCAACGGGACGACCGUCGAGGAUCGGGAUCGAGCACUUGCGUGGUGAUGGUCGUCCACCCCUCGGAUCAAUCUCUUACAAGCAAUCCCGAUCACCUAAGAGGAUGAGAGGAUAUGAGGACAAGGUAAAAGUUGUGCCCGCACGACCUGUUACAAGCCUUGAUGAAGCGUUUAAUGCCUCGACUGUACCACGAGCGAGUGAAGACCAGAUCCAUCAACUUCAUCGCAGGUUUCGCUCAAUGGAGACUGCUGACGACCCGCGCCAGGAAAUAGCUGUGGCUAGAUUGAGGCUUCGUUCCGUGGUUGAAGACAAAUCGGCAAACGAGACACCACCACCUGAAAGGCCAUGCACUCUAGCUGAGCUCAAUAACAUGCUGGAUCAUGCCAUUGAAGGGGCAGGGCCCCAAACAUUCUCUGAUGAUGAUGAUAUGGAAAUCUUAGCACAGAAACCUGCCACGAUUGACCGGCCGACUACGGACAACACCAUGGAUCAUCGUUCACAAUCGAGAGUCAGAGACAAUAGACGGAGCAUUGAGUCCCGCAGACCUCGCAGCAGUAGCGAAAAGUCACUCGAGGUCAAUUACCAGAACGAUCCAAUCUUGUCUCCACUGGAACCCUUCAUCCCUGAGAAGGAAAAACGCUUGUCUUCUCUCAACUCGUCUUUGGCGGUGGCUGGCAGGUCACAAAAGCCCAUCCAUUCUCAAACAAAGCUGACGCCAGCUGAGCAAUUGCAAUCGCACCCAGGCAACGAGCUUAGCCCAGUCAAGCGAAAGACUGCCAUUUUCGAAAGCCUCAACAAGAGGCCUGAUGGCUACGGAGAGGCCCACAAAGCUCACAACAUUUGCCAGGCAGCUCAUGACGUUCGCGAUCAGCACCAGGGACCGAAGAAGAUGCACAGAAUCAAAUUCGGGGAGACGAUUGAGGAGAGACCUGGAACACCAUUGAUACCGUUGGCGCUGCCAGCAAUGGUUCACGAGCAGCAAAAGUCAGAAGGGGCUGCUUCGCCUCUCGAACGAAAUGACACCGAAAAUGGUCAUGGGCGCGAGACAGAUGAGGAAACCCCCGGUGAUGAGAAUAUGCCCCAGGACAAGCAACGAAAGACAUCCAUGGUCUGGCCUUUCAAAUGGGGCCUCUUCAACAAGACUACUCCUGCGACAUUGCAAGCGCCCGAGCAAACGUCUUCAGACGAAACGAAGCGGGAACCUGCACCUCCCUCUCAUGACAAACCGGGUAUUGUCAGGAGCAGAGUUCACGAACUGUUACAAGCUGCUAGCGAACGUGAUGAUGCGCAGAAGCACCGCAGUUACGCGGAGCGAGAAAGAUUCAGUCGUCGACAGACCCGAGCUCCAACAAUGCUCAUUAAAGAAUCGGUUUUGCGAGAAGACAAGGCAGCCUUAGACCAGCUCGAGCCUGAGCAAAUCCCUCCCUUGCAGAUUCCAACAGAUGAGGAAACUAAGGGGCUGAAGCCUCAAGAGAGCCCGGAGGAUAUACCCCUGCCGAAGACGCCGCUGCACAGAGCUAUGUCGGAGAAACAAGUCCUGGCUCCACGAUCUGUAGUCGAAGCAGAAGAUGUGCCCAAAGCCAGUCCAGUCAAAUCUCCACCACAAACACCGAUAAGAGGAAGACCAAGAAAGUCCAUCCACCGAGCCUCUGUUGGUGCUCAACAUGGGGUAGAGCAACAUUUCAAGCUUAGUCCCGGACCGAGUCGGAGUGCAUCUACGAACGGUAGGGGAGGAGUCAAGGUGGAAGUGGAAGUGCGGGACAGCCCAGGACGAGAAGCAAGAGAGAGAGGGGAGAAGAUUGUCAUUAUCAGAGCUGAUGUUGAGGGUCAUGAUGGCGAGGAUUAG